AUGAUAUGGAAUAACAUUUUUAACAAAGUUCAAACAAAGGCAGAAAAAGAAGUGAAUGUAGCAACAUGGGGAACAGUAGAUCAGUCGACAUAUUACAACUACUGGUAUGCCCAAUACGCUCUGGACGGGUUGAGUUACACCUGUACUCAUACUGAGUGGCAAACUGACCCGUGGUGGAGACUGGACCUGAUGAAGAUGUACAGUGUGAACAGAGUAACCAUCACUAACAGACCCGACUGCUGUGAAAGCAGGAUAGACGGAGCAGAGAUUCGGAUUGGGAAUGUUUCUUCAAAUGUUUCUACUAACCCAGUAUGUGCUGUAGUUUCUACUAUUCCAGCAGGAGCUACCUACAGCUACUCGUGUCAUGGGAUGGAGGGACGUUAUGUUAUUGUCAGUAUUCCUGGAACUUCAAUGGUUCUUACUCUCUGUGAAGUGGGAGUCUAUGUGAUUUUUUCAGGUAAUUUGGCAACAGGAAGAAACGUCACACAGUCGUCAACCAAUGGCAGCUGGAUCAGUGAACAGGCCAUUGAUUUCAAUCCAGGAAUCAUAAAACAGUCGUCAGCAUGUUCCUCCACCAAUUCUCAGACUAACCCCUGGUGGAGGGUGGAUCUGCGUUAUAUUUACAGAGUUAGUAUAAUCUUAAUCACAAACAGACUAGACUGCUGUCCUGAACGAAUAAACGGAGCUGAGAUUCGCAUCGGAAACUCUCUGGAGAACAACGGCAACAACAAUCCCAUAUGCGCUGUGAUUUCUAGCAUUCCAGCUGGUGUUUCCUCCACCUACAUUUGUAACAAUAUGGAGGGUCGAUACGUGAAUCUGAUCAUUCCUGGAGAUUCAAGGUUUCUUACUCUGUGUGAGGUGGAGGUCUACGGAGAAGGUCCUGUACUGAAGAGAACUUUCCUAAAGUUGAAACUGAAGUCCAGUUGGAGUCUGUCUGAUCCUGCGGUGAGAGUCCAGCUCCUGUCACAGCUCCAGUCUGUUUUGGAGGAACGAGGGUUUUCUGACGUUACGCUGCAAUGGACUCAACCGCCAGAACAGGAAGUGAAGCCGAAGGAAGCUGCACCAGAAAGAGACGAUGAUGAUGAUGAUGAUGAUGAUGAUGGGAAACCUAAACUCUCUUUGGAUCAGCUUUGA